AGUAAAAAAAAAAAAAAGUUUCAGUUUUCAUCGCUCUUGACUUGCCGUACUUUUCCGAAGUGUUUCUAAACAGAGGAAGUUAGAAGGAAGACAUCGACCCUUUUAACCACUUGAUGCUAGCUAUUUUUAUCAGAUUUUUUUUUUAACGUAUUGGAAUAAUAUCUGCGAAUAUUACUGUCAGACCAAGACUGACGUUAAUGUAACAUUGUCAACACAAAAAUAUUUUUUGUUGGUUGCUGUGCCGAUGAGAAUCUAAAACUGGCUAGCAACUUAGGCUAAUGUUAGUCACGAACGGGAUCAUCAUUUGAGAUUUAUCUGCCAGUGAAGUAGCCAGCGUCUUGGCUAAAUAUUGAAUAAUUUCUGUGACUAUGGCGGAUGGAGCGGGGCUAAAUUCAUUUACCUCCAGGGUUACAAAAAGAGUUAGCAAUGUGAAUGCUGUCCCUGCAGCCGCAAACAUGCGACGGAAAAGUCGACAACAAAGUCAAAGGCGUACCACUCACAACAGGGUGGUUCUGGAGCGAGUCCUGGGCAUCACCACCUCUAACAGCAGUGGACUGGCCUGUGACCCCAACACUGGCCUGGUGGCCUACCCUGCAGGGUGUGUUGUUGUGAUCCUACACCCAAAGAAGAACAAACAGACCCACAUCCUCAACACUUCAAGAAAAACCAUCACUGCCUUGGCCUUCUCUCAGGAUGGAAAGUAUUUGGUCACUGGUGAGAGUGGUCACAUGCCCUGUGUGCGGGUUUGGGACGUGGUCGAGCAGGCCCAGGUGGCAGAGGUACAGUGCCAUAAGUACGGGGUGGCCUGUGUGGCCUUCUCAACCAACAGCAGCUACAUCGUGUCAGUAGGCUACCAGCACGAUAUGACCGUCAGCGUCUGGGAGUGGAGGAAGGGGACGGUGAUAGCGUCCAACAAAGUGUCUAGCAGAGUUCUGUCCGUCUCGUUCUCCGAAGACAACAGCUACUUCGUCACGGCAGGAAACCGACACGUCAAGUUCUGGUACCUAGACGCCUCUAAAGAAAGACGGGUGAACAGCACGGUGCCUCUGAUUGGCCGAUCGGGAUUGCUAGGGGAUCAGAGGAACAGCAUGUUCUGUGGUCUGUCGUGUGGGCGGGGCAACAUGGCCAGCAGCACCUAUUGCAUCACUUCCUCUGGCCUGCUGUGUCAGUUCAACAGCAGGAGAAUGUUGGAUGCCUGGGUGGACCUCAAGACCACCUCUGCUCGCUGUCUGUCGGUGAACGAAGUGUUUAUCUUCUGUGGCUGUGCAGAUGGUACCGUCCGACUCUUCAGCCCCCAGAACCUUCAUUACAUCACCACAUUGCACCGGCCACACUGCCUGGGAGUGGACAUCACACAGGGCCUUCAGCCAGGGCAUCUGUUUGUUGCCGACCCCAAGGCAGAAUACCCAGACACCCUAGCCUUGACCUUUGACCCUGUAACCCGUCACCUGACCUGUGUGUACAACGACCACAGCGUGUAUGUCUGGGACGUCCGUGACAUCAAGAAUGUAGGGAAGGUCUACUCUGCCCUCUACCACAGCGGCUGUGUAUGGAGUCUAGAGACAUACCCUGACAUGGAUCUGUCCCGUUCCUGUCUGCCUCCUGGGUCUUUCCUCACCUGCUCUUCAGACAACACCAUCCGGCUGUGGCACAGCGACCCGGGACUGGUGCAGGGAACCGGCUGCCUCCGUAACGUCUACAGCCACGAUCUGUUGAGGAUUGUUUACGUGGGGGAGGACACUCAACAUCUUCAGACGGAGGGGGAGAGAGGAGAGGGGGGUGGAAUGGACGCUAAGUCAGGGAUCAGAGUCCUAGGGGUCAGUCCUGAUGGACAACAUCUGGCAGCUGGAGACCGCAACGGAAACGUACAUAUAUUUGGUCUACAGUUCAUGGAUCAGCUGCAGAAGAUUGAAGCCCACGACUCUGAGGUGCUGUGUCUGGAGUUCUCCCCUGCAGAGACGGGUCUUCACCUGCUGGCGUCGGCCAGUCGAGACCGUCUGAUCCACAUCUUCAACAUGGAGAGGAACUACAGUCUGGAGCAGACCGUCUAUGACCACUCUGCCUCCAUCACCGCUAUCAAGUUCACUGGUGUCAGCCCAGAGGUCCUCAUGGUGAGCUGUGGUGCUGAUAAGAGUAUCUACUUCCGCACCGCUGAACAGUCUUCGGAGGGGCUGAACUUUGCCCGUAGUCACCACGUAGUAGAGAAGACCACUUUGUAUGAUAUGGACCUGGACGCUACUCACACACACACCGCCAUCGCCUGCCAGGACAGGAAUAUCAGAGUGUACAACGUGAAGAGUGGCAAGCUGAAGAAGUGUUUCAAAGGUUCUACAAGUGACGAAGGAACGCUGCUGAAGGUUCAGAUGGACCCCGCUGGGAUCUACCUAGCAACAAGCUGCUCUGACAAGAGCAUCUGUAUCUUUGACUAUGAGUCAGGAGAGUGUGUGGCCACCUUGUUCGGUCACUCAGAGAUUGUAACUGGUAUGAGGUUCAGCCAGGACUGCAGACACCUCAUCACCAUAUCUGGAGACAGCUGUGUGUUCCUGUGGAGGCUGGACUCCCAGAUGACUAACUCGAUGAGGAAGAGACUGGCUGAGAGGAAACAGACAGCUGGAGUGACGACUACUGCCAAAGCCCCGACCAAGGAGCAUCUUAUCAGGAGAGAGACCUUCAUCACUGUGCCAUUGGGCCACCUCUCCCAGGCAGGAGAGGAAGAGGAGGAAGAUGAUCCCAGGACUCCUGCUAGAUGUGACAUCACUCAUGACGUCCUUGCUCUCGACCCCAUGGUGCCACAGACCAACGGCAAACUGCCCAUGUGGGCCAGGAAACUGGGUCCUGCCGCGGGCACCACUGCUCUCCCCGCCGAGCUCCUGCCAGCACACCUCCAGCCGCGCGGGCGCUGGGCAGAGCACCUCAACCCCCUGGCCAUCCGCUCUGUCCUGGAGACACACAGCCUGCAGCGCCCUCUCUCCCCCACCCCCCGCAGAGCAGAGGGACCGGGAGAGGAGGAGGAGGAUGAGGAGGAAGAAGAUCCAUACUUCCACCCUCAGAGCCUGGACAGCCUGCUUGGAGAGGAGGAGGAGGAAGAUGUGAUGGUGGUGGUGGUGGACAGCGAAGUAGUGGAGGAGGAAGAUGUGGUGGAGGACAGCGAAGUGGUGGUGGAGGAGGAAGAUGUCGACAGCGAAGACCAGGGUUCUGGGUCUCUUCAGAGGCCUGGGUUCCUGGCCCUACCGGACACCGACGACAUGUUUGGUCCAGGCCUCAGUAGCUACGUUCUUUACCCGGCUAACAGCACCACGCUGUCCACUGGAGGAGGAGAGUGUGAGUUUGGCCAGCAGCAUCAGCAGCAGCAGGGCUGGGGAGGAGAGGACGAGCUGAGUCCAGACAGCGCUUGUUGUGUUGGCUCUGCAGAGAGCCAAGACCAACCCCAGGAUGAUACUGACUCCCUGAGCCAGGUGAGUUCUACAGGUAGUUCUGGAGUGGAGGAAGAGGAGGAAGAUCCACAGACGCUCCUUAGACAACACUUUGACACCAUGGCCAACCACCUGAGCAACGAGGAGAAGUUUGAGACUGACCUGUCCAGUCUGCAGACUCCACCCAUGGAGACAGAGAGCCUCUUCCUCAACCCCAGAUUCAGCAUUUCUACACGCUUCCUGUCUCGUUUCCAGAGCCGACUCCGUGGUCCUGGUUCUGUCCUGUGUCCCGCUCCUCUCCCGCCCAGCAUCACUGAGGAGCCCAGCAGCCAGUCCUCUCCUGACCCCACCCCCGGCCUCAACACCACUCAGGCCAACUCAAAGCAGUCCGUCGUGAGCAUUACCACAGAAUCUGUUCAAGAGGAGAGCCAGGCCCCUGAUGUGACAGAUAAGACCCUGAGGUCUCAGUCUAGUGUUCCAUCAUCAUCCAGCUCCACCCUCAAACCCUCCCAGUCCGGCCUGGACAAGGAGCCCCUGACCCGGCUGCCUCGCCAGAGUUACAUGGGCACCACCACCAGCUCCAGAGCCAAGAGGUCCCAGGGUGAGGGCCUGAACAUCUCCCCGACUGAGGAGCACCCUGCUUGGGGGAAGAUCAUGGAGGCGAGAGCCUCAUCCCUCCAGGACCUCCAGAACAGUACAGACCCGGAGUGCAAGGAGAAUCUGCCGCCCCCUGUAGUCCAGCCCCCUGGAGUCCAGCCCCCUGUAUCCCACACCACCACCACUUCCUCAGUGGAGCCUCCUGCCAGCCAGCCUCCCUCCGUCCCUCCUUCUCCUGCGGGGAACCACAGAGCCAGAGCAGCUCUCCACCUGGACCUGGCUGUGCCCUCUGACCCCCCCACACUAACCUUCCCUCUGGCCUCCCACAAGUCCCAGAGGAGGUUUGGAGACUCGACCCGCCACGCCUUGGUCACCCCCACUGAGAUGCGUUCUCUGGGGAAGGAGGCGAAGAGGUGCCUCCGUAACAUGGAGGACAGCUUGGCGUCACGUGGAGGAUUAUCAGGGCUCUGCAGCAACCUGGCCCCGGCCUCCACCACCGCCACGUCUCCGGCCCCCACCACGGCCCCGGCCUCCACCACCGCCACGUCUCCGGCCCCCACCACGGCCCCGGCCUCCACCACGGCCACGUCUCCGGCCCCCACCACGGCCCCGGCCUCCACCACGGCCACGUCUCCGGCCCCCACCACGUCCCCAACCCCCCGUCUGUGCUCAACCCUCCCUCAGGCCCAGCUCACUGAGAGCCCCUCCCAUCUGCCCCAGCUGCAGCAGGCUAGCGACAGUCCCGUCUCUGGUUCUACCUGUUUUUUCCCUCUCCACGGUGACUCGGGUCUCCAUGGUGACCCUGUAGAGGAAACCCUGAACCUCCAGAUGUGUCACCAGGUAGCCAACGAGUUGCGGCACACCAUGAGAAGAGCCGUCACGUUCUACAACAAGGUCUGCUGCAUGACAGACAGCCCAGAGCAGCAGGGCCAGAUGUCGGCCAUUUUGAAAGAGGCCUUCUGUGUGGCGCAGACGGAGCUGGACUCUGUGUUUCCUUCAGGUCAGAGGUCAGCAGCAGGUCACAGCGCCCCCUGUCCCCCGGAGGACUCUCCAGGUCGCCAGCUGAGAGACGACCGGACCGUGGCGCUACUGGAGAAAUACUCUGAGAUGCUGCUGUUCAUCGCUGAGAAGAAGAUGGACAGUAGUUAGCUGACGGCGUUUUGACUAGAUGGGAUGCUCCGCUAAUGUCAGAAGUUACUUUUCGUAGCAGAUUAGGGGGUUCAGGUUAAGGUAAGGAAAAGUUUAUCCCUGACUCGACUCGAAUAUGCCCGUUUUAACAGACGUGACCCUAGCUGAUGGAGGAUGAGACAAGACGUCCUUACGUGAAGCAAAUAUUUACUAACCAGACGUGAGCAAUUGGAUGCUUUCACUUCCCACCAGACUGUUUCAAAAGCAUCCUGUCCCUUUUAUCCAACAGCACCUUUUUAAACCUGACCGGACGACUGUCUGUGUAUAUAUUAGAAUGUUUAUUUAGAUUUGUUUUAAACCUAUACUUGUAGUGAAAUGUUUAACACCGCAUUAGAGACUGACUGAAAUAAGUCACUGGUAAAUACAUGUUUCACAAUCUAGUUUAAAGUCUCCAACUUGUUUAAAAUCCUUUUUUUUUUUUUUUUUUUUUAGCUUUGUCUUAUUUUCCUCUUUAUCUUUUAAUGGAUGUUUUAUUUUAAUGUUUUCUUUCUUUAAUUGAAGCUCUUGUUUUGUUGUCUUUUUUUGUGUUUGGUAGCUGUUGUCAUUCUUUCGAUUUAUUUAGCUCUCAUUUGAUGAUCUGCUUGAAGUCGCUGCAGGGCCCGUAUCCACAAAAGCAUCUGAAAGUAGGAGUGCUGAUCUAGGAUCAGUUUAUCAUUUUAGAUGCAUUGUGGUUUUUUUUUUUUUAUGAAUACAACUACAUUAGACAGAUCCUAGAUCAGCAAUCCUCCUCUGGGAUGCUUUGUGGCUACGAGCCCAGGUCCUUAACCCAUUCUGUAUCUAACCUUGUAGCCAUGUAUCACUUUUAUUUAAAACGUGGAUCUAUUGAGCAUCAAAGCGGAGUCAUUCAGCCACAACCAAAGUGACCUGUUUUAAUCAGUGUUUACAUUUUUUAAACUCUCUUUUUGACCCUGUCCAGGUAUUUGUGCACUGGUUUAUGUUUGCUAGUUGAUAGAGAGAACUCAGUAUCCAAGCAGUCAAGUUGAAGUUCAGUAUUAGUUUUGGUUUCUGUUUGGUUUCUAUUGAGGUUGGAGCCAACAGACACUAGUGUUAAGGGCUCUAUUAUGUUAAACGCCUGUGGCAUCAGAUGGGUAUAAUAGUCGCACUGUCACCUGCAGUGUUUUGUACAGUCCCCGUGGUGUUUCACUGUGUACUUCAUGGUUUCUCGUGAAAUUGUUCAAUUUCAAUGUAAAUUAUUUGUAAUAUUUUACCUGUCUGCUUUUGCAUUCAUACAAAAUGUAUAUUUUACUAAGAGUUUGUAAUAAAGGUGUUUUACAUAUUG